CUCUCUCUCUAUCCCUGAAAAGUUGACAAUUAUAUAAAUGCACAUACAUGGAUCAAUGAGAUUUAACUACUGGCCAGAUGUAAAAUUCUGACAGGUCUUUGCUAUAAAUUCUCCAUGCCCACCAAAACCAUUAGAUAACCCAUCCUAGAAUUCUUCUAUCUCAAGGACUAAACCAAAGAAAAAAAAAAUUCACAAGGCCUAAAAAUGGAGAUUAUUGAGGAACAAGGAAAGCACUUUGUUUUGGUACAUGGUGCAUGCCAUGGAGGUUGGAGUUGGUACAAGCUAAAGCCAUUGCUAGAGGCUGCAGGUCACAAAGUCACAGCCCUUGACUUGACAGCCUCUGGCAUUGAUUCGAGAAAAAUCGAGCAACUCCGCACACUUCAUGACUAUACUUUGCCAUUGAUGGAGUUGAUGGAAUCCCUUCCACAAGAGGAGAAGGUUAUAUUAAUUGGGCAUAGUCUUGGUGGUAUGAAUUUGGGACUUGCUAUGGAAAAAUAUCCACAAAAGAUCUAUGCUGCUGUAUUCUUGGCUGCCUUCAUGCCUGAUUCUGUCCACAUCUCCUCCUAUGUUUUGAAUCAGUAUUAUGAGCGAACGCCAGCAGAGAAUUGGUUGGACACUCAGUUUACACCUUAUGGUUCACCUGAAGAGCCACUGACAGCCAUGUUUUUUGGCCCCAAAUUUUUGGCCCACAAGCUCUACCAGCUAUGUUCUCCUGAGGAUCUUGCAUUAGCAUCAUCAUUGGUGAGACCAAGCUCUCUGUUUCUCGAUGAUCUGUCAAAGGCCAAGUAUUUCACAGAUGAAGGGUAUGGAUCAGUGAAGAGAGUUUACAUAGUGUGCACAGAGGAUAAAGGCAUACCAGCAGAGUUCCAACGAUGGCAAAUUGACAACAUUGGUGUUACAGAAGCAAAGGAGAUUAAGGAUGCUGAUCACAUGGCAAUGCUAUGCAAGCCCAAACAACUUUGCGCUAGUCUUUUGGAGAUUGCCCAUAAAUACAACUGAUUUCUGCAUAUUUUGUCCUCGUCUCAUGUCAACAUCUCAACUCCUCAUUUAGUACUAUUACAUAACCGGUUUGAAUAAUUAUUCUCAUGUCAAGAUGUCAAGUUUCUUAGAUGGAUGCAUGGUUGAUGUUUUUCUAUAUAUUCAAGUGUGUGUUGUGAUAAUAAACUGUGUCAGUUUAUUUUUACAAGUUUCGGGUCU